CUGACAACGCAGGGCUAUCAGGCGUUCAGUGGCACUUGUGACAGACUGGCAAGUGCAGGCAAGCAACUCAAAAGCGGCUCGGCGAGUCACUCAGUGAUGCGAGAGGACAAUUGCGGCAUGGCAGUGAGGGGAACCGAAUGGGUAAUCAUUGGCUGUCAUCGGCCCGCUCCGCGAAGAUAA